AUGGGUAUUACAAUUGUAGGUUCAUUGAAUUAUGACCUGGUGACUUACACAGAUAGAGUCCCAGAUUCAGGGGAGACCUUUCGAGCAAAUCAUUUCGAGACUCAUGCUGGUGGAAAAGGUUUAAAUCAAACUAUAGCUACAGCAAGAAUGAAGGAUCCUAAAGCUAACUAUAAAGUUAAAAUGGUAGGUAACGUCGGUAAGGAUUCAUUUGGUGAACAACUACUUGACAUUUUAAGGAAGAAUAAUGUCGAUGUUGCUAACGUGGGUAUCUUACCGAAUGUCAUGACAGGUAUAGCUACCAUUCUCGUAGAACAAAAAGAUGGUAGUGGUCAGAACCGUAUUAUUAUUACACAGGGUGCUAAUGGCAAAUCUACUUAUGAAUCAGGGAAGUUAGAAAACAUCUUCCCAACAGAUUCAAGUGAUAGGAAACAAAUGGUUAUAUUCCAACAAGAAAUUCCUAACCCUACUUCAAUAAUUCACUGGUUGAAUAAAAAUAGGCCCACGUAUGAGAUAGUCUUUAAUCCAUCGCCAUUUGAACCGAUAUCUGCAGAAGAUUGGCAUUUAGUUGAUGUUUUGAUUGUCAACGAAGUAGAAGCAGUGCAAAUUUUAGAAACUAUAUAUAACAACGAAGAAAUUAAAAAUUAUAAAUCUGCAAUUGAGAAGGAUUUCGUAGAAGGAUAUGAAAAAAUAUGCUCUGUUCUUCAAAAGACUCUAGUAAGCCAAUCUAAAUCGGCUAUUGUCGUGACAACUUUAGGUUCUAAAGGUGCAUUAUUUUGCUCUAAAGAUCAUCCAACUGUUGGAUUUGUUCCUUCUUGUAAAGUUGAUUCAAUUGUCGAUACCACUGGAGCGGGUGAUACAUUUUUAGGGUCUUUAGUAACCCAGUUAUAUCAAGGACAAGAUUUGGAAAAGGCAAUGAAGUUUUCUACUGUUGCUAGUUCCUUAUCAAUUCAAAAACGUGGCGCUGCUGAAAGUAUGCCAACCUUCGAGGAUGUCCAAUCAUCUUUCUAA